UUUUUGACUGAACCGGAAUAAAUCAAUUUCAUACCCAAAAUCAAGGCGUACCGGAAAUAAACCAAGCUUUCACCAAACGUUUCCUUCUCUUUUUGUCAAACGCGUUCAGUUACUUUUUAAUUCCUGUCUCUCUCUCUCUCUCUCUCGAAGAUAACGCACUUCCUCCAAAUCGCUGACUCAAAAUCUGCAACUUCUCUGAAUCUGUUUAUUAAUCACACAUCUCCUCGAGACGUAGAACAUCAAAAGGGGAACACACAGGAGAAAAAAAAAAUUAAACCGGAUUAAAUGGAUUGUUUUAAAAGAAGAUUUCUUCUGUUUCUACUGAUCAUAAUUUUAGAUUCUCCAAUAAUAUGCCACAGUUGGGGAUGGUUCUCUUCUUCUUCUACGGAAGAUACAGAAUCUUCUUUCUCUAGGUCUAUCAAAUCCAAUCCCGACUUCUCCAUAGAAGUUUUCAGUGACCAGAAGGCAGUUCGAGUACUUGAAGACGCCAAAAACAAGCUUGUAGGUCCAAACAGUUGCUGGCAAAAUGCUUAUGGUUACCUCUUGUCUGGCUGCAAGAACAUGGUUGCCACUGAAGAGAAGAGGAAGAGAUUCGCUUGGCAUUUGAGCGAUUGCUUCCAGAAGGAAUCCGGAAGACCGAGUUUUCCCACAUGCAACGAUGAAUCAACAAUGAUGAGUUGCCUCAAGAAGCUAGAUGAUCAUGAGCAUAAGAUUUAUCUUGAAUUCAUGCUUGAGACCAACACCAUCUGCCAACAACUACAGAGUCAUGCAUUCAAGAAUGAAAUAGAGAGGCUUGUGAAUGAUUUGAGGAGGUCAAGUCAAGAAACAGAAGAGAAAUUGGAUAUUCUUGGGAGUAAAUCCGAUGAUCUAUUGCGAAGCACGAGCUUGAUUCAUGAAUCUUUAGGGUCAGUAGAUGUUGUGGUCAAAAACGUGGCUCACACGGCAAACACAAUAGGAGCUCAAGUUAGUGGAGUGUCUCAACAAACGAAAGAGAUUUAUCAAGAACAAAAGAGCAUUGCGGAAUCACAGUUGGCGUUAAGGGAAGGUCAAGAGAAGAUGGGAGAAACGAUGAAAGCUGGAAUGGUGAUGGUCAAUGAUACGGUCACUAACGUCAAGAAAGGAGUAGAUAAGUUGAGAAACGACACAAAGCUAAUCGAAGGAGAGAUCAAUGCACUUGGACAAGAAAUGUCAAAGAAAAUGACUUCUUUGGAGAAUACAACCAAUGUCAUUGGAACUAUGACUAACACUACGUUGGAUAAACAGCAGAAGCUCUUAGAAGGUCAAACGGUGGCUCUUGAUAAUCUUCAGUCUCUUACAAUGUUUCAGAGCGAGGCACUGCAAGAGAGUAGGAGUACUUUGCAAGGUUUUGUGGAGUUUAGCCAGGAGCAACAAGAAGAUCUUGUAAAGCGGCAAGAGCAGCUUCAACAGGUUCAUGAUCACUUGUUUGAAAAUUCUAAAUCAAUGUUGGCAGCUCAGGAAGCGUUUGAAGCUAAACAGGCAAGCAUGUUUGUAGCUUUAGAUAAGUUAUUUGCAUUGCACAAUGCGAUGCUUCUUGAGUCCCGUGUGAUAAAAGCUUUCUUCAUCUACUUCUUGUCCAUCUUUGUCAUCUACAUGUUUACAAGUACAAAACAAACUUAUACCAUAAGACCAAGGCUUUACAUUGGUUUGUGCGUUACGUUAGCAUUAGAAGUGGCAAGUUUGCGUUUCGUGAAUGAUGCAGAACACCGAGCAUGGGUUAUAAACAUUGUUAGGUCUUUAUUUGCUGUUCUUGCUUCAGCUCAGCUUCUUCAUGCUGCUUUCACAUACAGGGACUAUGAAGUGUUAAACCACCAGAUUCUUUUAGGAUUAGUUGAUAAGGUUGACAACAUGCAAAGCAAGAGGGAGAUCUCGUGGGAUGAAGAUACAGAGAGCGAGUUAGAUUGGACAUCGUGGAUUGAUACAGAUUUAACUGAUGAUGAUGACAAUCUUGGAGAUCCUGAUUAUAAUAUUCAAGAACAGAUCAAGAAUAAUCCGGUUAUCACCUCAUCAAGGACCGAAAAAUUGUAUAAUCUCCGUCCACGAUAACCAGCAAUUAUGUAACUGCAGUCAAAGCUACAUUGGUAUAUUUUUGAGAAAAAUUCGAUAGUAUAAUUUCUAGAGAGACUUCACAGUUUCCACAAAUGAUAGAUACUCAGCCAGUGGAUCAAAACUAUAAUGGUAUGUUAUUUUAUAAUCUUCUGUUACAAACCUUGAGACAUGUACUAGUAGGAUUGUUUAAGCUAUAUUUUUUUUUAUUUAUUAUCUCAAUCCCAAUGCAAAAA